CACUACAGUCCAUUUAACCUGAUUUCCUAUGGGACACGUUCACAUAUCCGCGUUUUCACCCAGGGUGUUUUUCGGAAAGGGUCAGGGACUUUUAUGAAUGCAAAAAGUUGCAUUUUUGGUUCUGUAGACUUCAAUGGAAACGCUGCAGAAAAUCAUGUAGUGCGUUUUUGCUUCGUUUUUUUAUGUGUUUUGCGUUUUAAAUCUGCCUAGGAACAAGAAAAUAUAAAUAAAAUUAAAAAAUGCAAAACAUGGCAAAAACCCAUGAGCAAAACGCAAUGCAAAUCGCACUGUAGACGGAUCAAUGCAAACUGCAUAGAUGUGAACCUAGCCUUAGAACCUAUUCAAACUA